CCACUUUCGGAUACAAAAUGAAUCCGAAUUAUAUAAUGGAAAAAAAAAUCUUGAGAAGAAUAUCAAUGGAAGAUCAUAUAUAUAAUGGGCUUACCAAUUAGGUUGUUGCUUUCUUUGUGAUGAGAAGUUGUCUAUAUUAAUUUCAUUUCCAAAAAGAAAAAAAAAAGGAAAAAAAAAAAAGAAAAAGAAAAGAAAGGAAAAGAAAAGGAAGGAAAGGAAAGAAAAGAAAGUAUGUUCUCUUCCACCAACAGUCCUUUUCCACCGUACCACUUUCCCUCAUCAUCUUAUCCACCACCAUCGCUUCCACCACCUCCUCUUCAUCCUCCUCCAAUAGUAAACCAAGAACCAAACUCAUCAUGUGUUGAUAACAAUAUUUUCCUUUACCAAAACCAACAUUUCGAUCAUCAAAUCCCACUUUCAACUCAUCCUUUUUUCUUCUCCAGUAAUAGUAAUAAUAAUAAUAAUAGUAGUAGUAUUAUUCCUCAAAUAUUAAUCCCAGAAACUCUAAUCAAUUUGGGAGCUUCCAACUCUCCCAAUACUACUACCACCACCACCACUAUUACUACUACGCCUUCUACUAUGACCAUUAAUAAAGGUCAAGAGAGCCAUACUAGUAGUGGUAGUGGCUUUAAUCUUAAUGGGUUGGGCCAGAAUUUCGUUCUCCAAAAAGCCAGCAAGAAAGAUCGGCACAGCAAGAUUUACACGGCUCAGGGUCUCAGAGAUCGGAGGGUGAGACUCUCCAUCGAGAUUGCUCGGGAGUUCUUCGACCUCCAUGACAUGUUAGGGUUUGACAAAGCGAGCAAGACCCUCGAAUGGCUUCUCACCAAGUCCAAGAAAGCCAUCAAAGAAGUGUCGAGGUCGAAACACAGCAACUGUAGAUCGAGUAAGAUAAGUUUGUCUUCAACUACUUCCGAGUGCGAAGAGGCUGCUGUCUCGGAAGUCAACGAAGCUGUUGACCAUUUAAGUACUCCUCAUGAUGGUGAUGAAGAUGAUAAUGAUCACUUAGUCAUAGGAGUUAAAGCAAGAGAUAAAGAAAAAUUAUUGGUUUCUUCGCAGAAUAUUGAUCUGGAGAAGUUGAUGUUGAGUAGCAGUAGUAGUAGUGGUCUUGUGGCGGCUAAGGACUCGAGGGCAAUGGCGAGAGCUAGAGCAAGAGCAAGGACUAAAGAGAAAAGGUACUAUUAUAAUCACCACUGCACUAAUAACACUACCAUGAGGAGUACUACUGCGACUGCUACUACUAGUAGCAGUACUAGUGCUACUCCUUGUUUGAUCAGCUCAUCUCAGAUCUUGAACCAGUUCAGAUCCCCCAACUUCAUCUCGGAAACGGGCCCUUCUCUUGGGCUUGAUGAUGAUCACCAUGAUCGGAAUGAGUCAUCUGCUGUGAUCAAAUGGUCCAAGUUGAAGCUAUUUCCUGGUCCUAUGAAUUCGACUCCCACUAGUUCUAGUACUUACGAUCACCAUCAUCACCAUCAUCAUCAUCAUCAUCAUCAUGAAGAAGAACACUUAUGUGGGAUCUCCAAAGGUGAAAGCAACUCGAGUGACAUUAACUAUUCCCCUAUGAUCACCUUGUUACCUCAAAAUUGGGACAUGAAUGGCACUGCUACUGCUACUACCACUACUACUACAAUUCAUGCGUCUGGACGCCCUGUUGGCUUUCGCGUACCCAUUACGUGAUUCAAAUUUGUCUUAAUAUGGACUAUUAAUGAAAGUUGGAAAAGAGCAACUACUACUACGAUUCCUGGAUGAAGCUGUCCCUAGCUAUAGGAUGGAUAUUGUUCUACGUUGUCUACUAGUUUGAUCUACUGAUCUUCCGGUACUAUUCUAAUAAGUUAGCUAGCGCGUUGGAGAUGUAAGCUAUCACUCUCUUAUUAUAUGUUUUCGAGCUUUUUUUUUACUUUUUAAUUAAGUUUCUAUCCAACAAUAAGUUAUUUUUAGUAGCUAUUGCUUUUGAAUGAUGCUGAUAUAUAUGUUUGACCUAUAGUAUAUUUUUGGACCUGAAUGGAUUUCAUUUCUCUGGUUUUUA